AUGAGCAGCAACGCGUUCUCGUCGGGCUCAGCGCCGAACGUGAGCUCCGCCGCCGUCGGCACGACAGCGCAGCAGGCCGACACCCUUACCCGCAACUUCAUUCUAGGUAUUCCGAAGGGGGGGCUCUUGCCGAACAGCCCCGAGGCGGCUGACCUGCAGGCCGCCGAGGCCUUCGUCAGCGACAUUCAACAGGAGAUCCUCGCCUACGACAUAGCGAACGCGAGGGCCAUCGAGUCGUACGCGGUUCGGUGCUGGAGCGCCGUGCCAUUCUUCGGUCGCCAUGCGAAGCGCGCACUGGAGGCCGAGGCAACUGCGACGGCGGCUGCCGCGGCGGCAGCAGAGGAGACCCACAAGAGCACAGACACUGCUGGUGUUGCUGCUGCCGUCGAUGGCAAGGUGAGCUCUUCAGGCGGGCACGGGCUGCAUCUCUCCCCCGAGGAGGCCGCCGCUGCUCUUCAGGUAGGCGGCGUCUACCUGCACAGGCAGACGUUGCAAACGCCACGCGGCUUCAAAGUGGAGCGGACAUCAGCGAUUGAUCUGAAGCAGCUGUCGCAGUUCACCGACGGAGCCCGUGAUGCAUCUGGGUCGAAGGCCGCGUCUAAGUCUGCUGUCGCUGUUGCUGCUUCCAAGGCCGCGCCUGCGCCGGAGGUGAACACAUGGCUCUUCCGCCGGCAGCAUCCCAGCUGGGUGCCGCUGAUGCAGCGAUGGUGGGUGCCGUGGCUUUGCUGCGGCAGCAUUGUGCUGAUUUGGACCCCCGACGUGUGGAAGCUGCGCACGCUGUACUUCUGCGAUCACCAGUACGCGCUCUUCCGGCAGUCUAUCCACAAGGCGUACUGGUGGGCGACGAUGAGUCCGGAGGACUACGCGGCACACAUGGCUGACAUCACGGCGGAGCGACCGUCUAGGGUGAGUGGCGCGAGUUGCCCGUUCGAGUAA